CGCAGCAGCAGCAGCAGCAGCAACAACGCAGCAGCAACACUGCAACCUGCAACAUCAGCACUCCGGUCGUCGGCGACGCUACGACGGCCUGUCAUCGGUAGGCAAUGCAACGCGCUGUGCAGCAACGGGUUGGACCUGGCGUAAGAUGGGUAGCGUGCUAUUCGCAGCUGUAUUCAUAGCAUUACACUUUGCCACCGGCGGCCUGGCCAACCCAGAUGCAAAGCGACUCUACGACGACCUGCUGAGCAACUACAAUCGCCUCAUCCGACCCGUGGGCAACAACUCGGACCGCCUCACCGUCAAGAUGGGUCUGCGCCUCUCCCAGCUGAUCGAUGUGAAUCUGAAGAAUCAAAUUAUGACAACCAAUGUGUGGGUGGAACAGGAAUGGAACGACUAUAAAUUGAAAUGGAAUCCGGAUGACUAUGGCGGCGUGGACACGUUGCACGUUCCCUCCGAGCAUAUAUGGCUGCCGGAUAUUGUGCUCUAUAACAACGCCGAUGGCAACUAUGAAGUGACAAUAAUGACAAAAGCAAUUCUUCAUCACACGGGCAAAGUGGUGUGGAAACCGCCCGCCAUUUACAAAUCCUUUUGCGAAAUUGAUGUCGAGUACUUUCCCUUCGACGAGCAGACAUGUUUCAUGAAGUUCGGCUCCUGGACCUACGAUGGUUAUAUGGUCGACUUAAGGCACUUGAAGCAGACCGCCGACUCGGACAACAUCGAGGUGGGCAUCGACCUGCAGGACUACUACAUCUCCGUGGAAUGGGACAUCAUGCGGGUGCCGGCGGUGCGCAACGAGAAGUUCUACAGCUGCUGCGAGGAGCCGUAUCUGGACAUUGUGUUCAAUCUGACGCUCCGCCGGAAGACGCUCUUCUACACGGUCAACCUGAUCAUCCCCUGCGUGGGCAUCUCGUUCCUGUCCGUUCUGGUCUUCUAUCUGCCCAGCGACUCCGGCGAGAAGAUCUCGCUCUGCAUCAGCAUCCUGCUCUCGCUCACCGUGUUCUUCCUCCUGCUGGCCGAGAUCAUUCCGCCCACCUCGCUGACGGUGCCGCUGCUGGGAAAGUAUCUGCUCUUCACCAUGAUGCUGGUCACGCUCUCCGUCGUGGUCACCAUCGCCGUGCUCAAUGUGAAUUUUAGAUCCCCUGUCACGCAUCGCAUGGCGCCGUGGGUGCAGCGCCUCUUCAUCCAGAUCCUGCCCAAGCUGCUCUGCAUCGAGCGGCCCAAGAAGGAGGAGCCCGAGGAGGAUCAGCCGCCCGAGGUGCUCACCGAUGUCUAUCACCUGCCGCCGGAUGUGGACAAGUUUGUCAACUACGAUUCGAAGCGUUUCAGCGGCGACUACGGCAUUCCAGCACUACCCGCUUCGCAUCGCUUUGACUUGGCCGCCGCGGGCGGGAUUAGCGCCCACUGUUUCGCGGAACCGCCGCUGCCCUCCUCACUGCCACUCCCCGGCGCCGACGACGAUCUCUUCAGCCCCUCGGGCCUCAACGGAGACAUCAGUCCCGGCUGCUGUCCUGCCGCUGCAGCCGCCGCUGCCGCCGCCGCCGAUCUCAGUCCCACGUUCGAGAAGCCCUACGCCCGCGAAAUGGAGAAGACCAUCGAGGGAUCCCGCUUCAUCGCGCAGCACGUGAAGAACAAGGAUAAGUUUGAGAGUGUGGAAGAGGACUGGAAGUACGUUGCCAUGGUAUUGGAUCGUAUGUUUCUGUGGAUCUUCGCGAUCGCUUGCGUGGUUGGAACAGCGCUGAUUAUCCUGCAGGCGCCCAGCUUGUACGACCAAUCGCAGCCGAUCGAUAUACUCUACUCGAAGAUUGCCAAGAAGAAGUUCGAGCUGCUCAAGAUGGGCAGCGAGAACACCUUAUAGCGACCACUUGGGUUCGCGGCCGGCUGGUGGAAUCUAAUCAUCAGCUCGCUGCGGACCCUGUUCGCCGCUCGCGACGAUGAUCGUGGAUAAUAUACGAUGAGCCACACCAUGAGUAUUUCCUCGGCGUUGUACAACACAAACAGUAGCAACAGCAGCAUCAGCAACAACAGUGGCAGUGCCAUUGGCAGUGUUGUAAAGGCUAUUGUGAGUAGUGUUGGCAGCACCAACGAAACGGAUGACUCGUGGAGCCCAUCGUAAAUGUGCGCGAGGCGAGUGAAGUGAACAUUGCGAAAUGAAUUCAGAUACAAUCGAAUGGAGGCAAGUUUUUGGAGCAGUUGAUCAAAAUAUGUAUGUAAUGUAAUUUGAUGGAGUUGUAGUGUUGACUAACCGCGGCAGUGCUGGACAGCGAAGCAAGCCACAAGAUCGCUGCGAAGCGAAGCGUAGUUUGUAAGUUUUUUGAUGUACUUGAUGUAUGAUUGUGUGGUCGAAGAAGUUUAGGUGGUUUCGGUGGUUUCCGAACCAGUGUUGUAAAAAGCGUAUGGAGUUUUGUAAGUUAUAUUGUAUUUUUGAGCGCCAAAAAGUUCCUUGUUACAUCUUUUAGUUUUAAAGUUCCACACAACACACAACAACAAACAAGAAAGCAAACAAAAAUGAUGAAAAAGCAAAUGAAAAUGUUUUAAAAUUGCAUUUUAAAUUUAAAUCUGACUGCAUGUGUUCAGUGCGUGAGUGUGGGUGCUUCUGCAGGAGACUGUGUGAGUGUGUGCGUGCCACAAUAUACAUACAUAUGAAGAAGAAAAUCAAUUUUAAUGGUUUAUUUAUUUGUGCAUAUUUUUCGCAUUAUUUUUAGCAAAGCAAAAACAAACACAGAAGAAUUGCGCCCCACGCAGAAUGGGUAAAAAUUAAGUCUCAUAAAAUUCCAAUCUAUUUUUAGCAUAAAUAAGUGAAGUAAAUACGAUAAACUACAUUUAAUUAGCCAAUAAGUCGUAACUAGUGGUAGCUAAGCAAAUCUAGUAUUGAAUUAAAUUUAAUAUUAAAAAACAACACGAGAUCCGACACAUCGGCUCGUAUGAAGCGCGAAAUUCUGAAAUAAAUUUAAUUGAAUGUCGAUACAAGCGAGUCGUCGUCACAUUUUUAAAGUCACACAUUUUUACUAACCACACGAGCAACCAACACACACAAACAUAAAUAUAUAUAUA